AUUAGAAUUGUCUGUCUGUGUGUGGGGUGCUAUACCCUGUGCCCUCGCCACAUAAUUACAGCUAUCUGAAUGCCUUUGAAUGCGCGUUGGCCCUUCAGCAAGGAGAAAUCAAACCUAAAAGAUUCCAUUAUAUAAUGCAGCAUGUAUUAGCAGGCAGGCUGCACGGAGACUGUACGAGGAUAUAACUCACACCUCCUAUGGCAACCAAGAAAAACAAAGGGAAGGAAGGAAAGAAAGAGGAGGAUGAGCUCUUUUAGUUUUGUCUGUGACUCUUUGUUUGCAUCAUAAAGUUCAGCAAGUGGUUUCAGACCAGCAUGAGCUGGUGAGAGGAGGAGUAAGGCCAGAGAGACGCACAGAUGAACAAAGUGGAUACAGUUUUUCCACCAAAGCCUUUAAGGAAUCUCACUGUGCCUUGUACUGAACACAGCACAGACAACAGAGCUGUAAACCUGAAGGACCACACAGUAAACAAGAGCGCUCUGGAAGUUGACUCUGAGCGGAAUUGCCAUUGAUCCCAGAAAACAAUUCCACUUCCCCUCUCGUUGCCGAAGAAUUCUUCCCAGCAAAAAAUAGAGCACCAGGGAUGUAAGAAGAAAGGGGGAGCGGGGGGGGGGAGAAAGAGGAGUAGGAGGAGGAGAGACAGAAGGGAGGGCCAUGAAGGGAAACACUCUCUCAUGAUGCCCCUGCUUUUCUUCUCAUGCCCCCCUGUGUAGACUCACAGUUUGGUGUUGGGACGACACGAGGCUCAGACGCCAUCCACGAGAACGCCAGCUCCCACUGAUGUUCACAGAAAGAAGAAAAGUAGUCCCACCGUCGUGCUGAGCCUGUGGUCGUCUGCUCAUCUUUGCAUCCACUGAGUUAAAGGAAGACCUGUCUCACCGGGGGCACUGAUAAGGAGCCUCUGCUCGAUUAGAAAUAUUCUUACAAACCACAGGAGGAAAAGCAGUUUCUCCACCUUUUCACCUGUACUGCACCCACCCUCCAGUCUUUGUGUCUCAGGUGUGCGCUUGGCCUGUGAGCAGUGAUGGGGGACUGGAGUCUCCUGGGGAAUUUCCUAGAGGAGGUCCAGGAACACUCCACUUCGGUCGGGAAGGUCUGGCUCACCGUCCUCUUCAUCUUUCGCAUUCUGGUGCUGGGCACAGCAGCUGAGUCUUCCUGGGGCGACGAGCAGAGCGAUUUCCUGUGUGACACUCAGCAGCCUGGUUGCACCAACGUGUGUUAUGACAGCGCUUUCCCAAUUGCCCACAUCCGCUACUGGGUGCUGCAGAUUGUUUUUGUCUCCACGCCGUCUCUCAUCUACAUGGGCCACGCCAUGCAUACGGUACGCAGGGAGGAGAAGCAGCGGAAGAAGGAGCAGGAAGAGAGGGAGGCAAGAGGGGAAGGCGGAGGAGACCUGGACGGGGAAAAGGAGUACCUCCAGCAGAAGGAGAAGGAAAGAGCAAUGACAUCUGAAGGGACUGGUCGUGUUCGCCUGAAAGGAGCGCUGCUGCAGACUUACAUGCUGAGCAUCAUCAUUCGCACAGUGAUGGAGGUGGCAUUUAUUGUGGUGCAGUACCUGAUCUAUGGAGUGUUUCUCAAGGCGUUGUACCUGUGCAAGGCCUGGCCCUGCCCUAACCCUGUCAACUGCUACAUGUCCCGGCCCACAGAGAAGAACGUUUUCAUCAUCUUCAUGCUGGUGGUGGCUGGUGUUUCUCUGCUGCUUUCUGUGCUGGAGCUCUACCACCUUGCUUGGAAGAGCAUCAAGAGGUGUGUACGUAACAAGAUGAUACAGAGGAGCAACAACAGAGCUGUGACAGUGGCUGUGUCCGCAGCCCUGGAGCCAAACAGCCCACCUCGGCCCCCAGCCUCCUGCACCCCGCCCCCUGACUUCACCCAGUGCCUGGCAACCCCAAGCUCCAUGAAUCCCAUGACCUCAAUGGCCUCUCAUCCCUUCAACGACAGGAUGGCACUGCAGCAGAACUCAGUCAACUUUGCCACCGAGCGGCAUCACAGCUGCGACAACAUGGAGGAUGACGAAGACUUCCUGAGGAUGAGAUACGACCAAGCACCCACAGAGCUGCCCAAUAGCUACUCCCCAUCACCCCUGCUGCACUCCAGCUGCGUGAGGGACAAACGCCGCCUAAGCAAGACCAGUGGGACCAGCAGCCGGGCUCGCCAAGACGACCUGGCAGUAUAGACUCACAACCAGAAAGAGUGGCUGACAGGGGGGAGAGGAGGUGGAGAGGCUGGAUGUUCAGAGCCGAAGAGGAGGGAGAGAAAGAUCAGUCAAAGACAUCAAGACAAAGAAGAAUCUGAGAGAAGUGGUCAGGUUUAUUAUGCAAACUAUGGUGUCGAAACCUGACAUUUGGCUUUAGAGGACGGAUCGAAAGUUCAUGUUAGAAAAAGACACUGAGGUCUGUGAGUGGAAUAAGCAAACUUGAUACAUAUGAGCUCUGUGAGCAGAUAGUGUUUGUGAACUAAUCUGUCCCAGAGCUUGAAAAACUGACAACCAAACUGCAAAAGAAAAAUAAUUUUGAGAGAACAGGGUAACAGGUGUGAUGCCUAAUUAUUGCACAUUUUAUGUUUAAGUUGAACAGUUAAAGCCAAAAACUAAGAGAGAUAAAGAGAACGAUGUGAUGCUCAACGCUUGUAUGAGAUGACUGUGAAUCAUUUCAUUAUCCUGCUGCGAAUAAAUAAGAGAUGCAUAAUAUGCAAUAAACUGUUACACAAGCUGGCAUAUAAAUUGGAAAUGUGCAAAUGUUUUUAUGCAGCAUAUUUUCAGUGAAUCAAAUUCAAGUGCCUUAACAAGUGCGAAAAUACAUUUCUAUAACACGUUUUCUAUAUAUUCUGUGUUCCAAAAGCCAUGGAAAAAGACUGUAAAACUAAAGUAAGGCAUCUGCUGACUUGAUAGUCUGACUGCACUACGCCUGAAGGUCAGCAAACAUGUAAUGCAACUCGACUUAUCACUCUACAGUCUAAAACUGUGCGACUGAAACUGUAUUCAUUACUUAUAUAUUUGACAGCAGCCUUUGUGUACAGAAGUGAUGGGAGAAUCUCGCCUGUUUCGGGAUUUUAUUUUUGAGAGGGAUUCAAGGGAAAGGAAAAAGAUGUGGUCCUGCUUGGAUGCAGUCAUGAGGAGAUCCAGCCACUAGGUGGCAGCAUUGCACUUAACGUUUUUCACUUCCUCUCCUGGAGCCAUUGUGUAAAUAGUGAAUUUGUUCCAAUCUAAUAUAUGUUUCAGUUGAUGUUCUUGAAUGAAGUUUUUUUUCAUUUUCAGCAUUUCGUUUUUCUUCUGAGUAAUUUUACAUGUUGUGUGUGACAGCAGUUCCAGGGGUUUGAAGUUUAAUCCUUCAUAUUUCCCACAGCAAUAAUUUCAGUCUACUGUGCAUUCACUGCAGUCUCUGGUCCUUUCACAAAAAACAUUUAUGCAAUAAAUGUCAUCAUUAAUAAACCAUCAACUGUACA